AUGUCACAACAUUCUGCUAGUUCAUGCCCUUUACGAUCCAUGGCUUGGUUAAGACUAGAGGGAGAUAUCAUCAUUUCUGCCACACAAGAGUGGAUAGAUAUGGUUGGAUAUGAUCCUUCUCAAACACCUCUCGAUCAGCUGUGGACACCGACCAAUACAAUGUCCUAUGUCACACUACAACACCACAUAACCAAACAAAAUCUGACUCUCUGUAUCUGUACCCACAAUGCCGAUAAUAUAAAAACCAACGAUGACAACAGCACCUCAAUAAUAGUCUGUUCAGACGUAACUGUCCUGGAAAAUCUGGCUUGCCAUAAUCCUAUAGAUCAUUCCAUUGCCCGGCUAACAACGUACGGAACGAUCGAGGCAUUUUACGACCAGAAAUCGCACUGGACCCAUGGUAUUGGCUUGCCUUUGAUGCGCUUUGUUCAUCCUGACGAUGUCCGGCGACUUUGUAGUGGACUGAGUACAGCCGAAUAUGCAAUGGUUUCGUUCCAGGUCCGGUGUGACUUUUACAAUGCAGACUACGAUUGGUUCGACUUCACAGUGGUUCAUAUCGCCAAUGACCUCCUAUGCAUCAUUCGACCAACUGAAAAUCUAGCAAAAGGUCGAAUCGACAAAACAACCCUUCCCCACACAAACUACUCUAUCCUACAUCGGCUUAGUGAAUCCUUUUGGAAAAGUCUCGAGGCUGGCGUGGCUGCUGUUACUCAUUCAUUAGCGUGCGCGCUUGUAUUCAUUGUCCAAACCAUUCUGCCCGCUUGUUUCACCGACCCCAAGAAUGCGAACUGCUGGACUCUUGCUCUGUCGGAGCGUAUGCUUUUUGGUGCACUUGCCACUUUCAAGGCAAGACCUGAAAUAGACACUGUCUGGAAUGCACUCAACUGGACAGGCCUCUUACAUGAAUCCGCACGCUGUUCUUUUGAAGAACAACUCGAUCAAGGCGCAGAGUGGUUAAUUUCCAGAGCUCAUGGCAACACAUGCACUACUUCUGUAUAA